UGGCUGUCACGUCAACUUUACGAAACCUAUAAUAAUAAUCUGUAAUCAAAUUAUUUAUUGCUUAGUAAUUGCGACAAAUGACUGUGCAAUGUGUGUAAUUUGCUAAAAAUUAUUAAAUGCUUGCCAAUGUUUGGCUUCUUUCAUUUAACUCAUGCCCUAACCUCAAAGUGUCAAGGGAGACAACUAUAUAACUAACUAUAGACAACCAUGGAGCCUACAGAAAAUUUAGUCUGGAAGGAAUCAUUCUUUAAGGAGAAUUUUAAUGUAGAUCAGUGUCUCUCGAAGUAUACUCUAAAAUCGGAUUUAGAGACACUGCGGAACGAUUUGAAAAAUUAUGGCAACGAUUUGCAUCAACAAAUGGCCGAAAUUUUGAAAACUGAGACUGAAGCAAUUGUGAAUUUGGCGGAAUAUUUGACAAAUUUGAAUUCAAAAAUUGAUGACUUGUCAUUGCCAAUAAGCCAGUUGCGGGAGGAAAUAAAGGCGCUCUAUGACUUAAUUAAAAAUGCGGAAGAAAGUUACUUCACAACGUUAGAAACAAUAAAAAACAACAACACACGACGCAAUUACUUAAAUUUAAAAUUUGGGAUUAUAUCGUCAGCGUUAUACAUUGACAACAUGAUUAAAACUCACGAGGAUGAUUUAUUUGAUGAUUCAGUUAUUUUGGAAAGAGCUGUGAAUAAAUACUCGUUUGAAUAUAAUUAUCUGGAAGCUUUUCACUUAAUGUCAGAUGUGGAAGAAAUCAGUUUUGUAGGAAAGAAACUGACUGAUAUGGUCAACAAGGUUUUCCUAAAAUCAGUAAAGAAUAACGACGAGGUUAUUAUUUUGCGAUGUUUGCAAAUGUAUGAUAAUCUGAGUGAACAAAAAGAAGCUGAAAAGACGUACCAAGUACAUAUCGUUAGACCGGCCCUUGGACAUUUAUUUACCGAAACAUAUUUAGAAAAUUGUAAUCAAGAUGUUCAAAAAAUAUAUGAUGAAGCUUUGGAUUUUAUAGACUCUACACUAAUUACAUUACUCAACGUUUUAAGAAGAAACGCUGAAUUGAAAUCAUUCAAUUUUAUCCUGAAUAGUUUUUGGGCAGAAGUCGAUAAACUGUCACGUGAAGGUCUUCCUCAUAUUACUGCACCUGGGAAUCCUGAACUCUUCCAAAAACGGUUUAAGAGCACUUGGAAUUUUCUAAAAAAAAUUGCGGCAAAGUGCGGCGAUGAUGAUUUAAUUCAAACAAAUAAGUCGUUCCAAAAUCACAUUAAAAGAUUCAAUUUGCCGGUUUAUUUUGAAAUUCGGUUUCAACAAAUUGCGGGACAGUUUGAAACAGACGCUAUAGUAAAACCAGGAGCGAUGAUGUAUUCAGACUCAAAUGAAAUUGAUUGUUUUUUAAAAAUUACACUGGCGUUGUGGACGGCUUUGAAAACUACUUUCAACCCGGAGGUUUUUAUUAAUAAUCUUGCUGAUCAGUUUUUAAAGUUAUCUAUGCUACUUCUGGCGAGAUAUUUAAAAUGGUUUGAGGUCGCUUUACAGGAGUCCGAUUCUUUUUUCGAGGGUCCUGAAGCAUGGGAGGGCUUUAUAAUUAAUUCAAUUUGUGAUUUAAAUAUAGUCAAGGGUUUAACUGCUCACAAACCAGAUGAUUUAGAUCAGAUUGAUAAUACAAUAUACUGCAUUAUGCCAGUUAAUAUAAGACCAGUACUAGUCAAAGUUUUCCAAGUUAAUUCAAAUACCAUCACCGACGUCAUUUCAAAGUUACAAAAUCAUUUAAUAAACAUAAAGAGCAGAGAAAGUUUCACAAAUUUGCAAAAUGUUGCAUCCAUUCCAAGACUUUACAGAAGAACCAACAGAAGUGUCCCCAAAGAAGCUAGUAAUUACAUGGUUGAAGCAAUUCAGCCAAUAUUAAAGUUCCAUGAUAAAUUCAAAUCAAACAUGACAAGCGAGAUACACACUAUUUUGAAUACAGUAAUUACAAAUAAUACGAAACAGUAUUUAACUCUUGUUGAAGAAGUUUUGAGAUCAGUUUGUAAAACAGAAGAGUCACUAAGGCGGCUCAAAAACAGAAAUACGCAAGUGUCUGAAGCCGUUUCAGAAGCUGAUAAAAUGUCUGAUGAAAUGAAAAUACGGGAACAGAUUAAGUUAGAUGUUUGUUAUUUCGUCGAUAAACUCUACCCUCUGGCGAUGGAUUCGGCACGGAAGUGUAUGGAUGAUCUCAAAAGUAAGACUUGUUAAAUUUGGAGCGGGAUAGAAUAGAUAAAACGGGUAAGGAUUUUUUGCCGAAGUAAGUAAAAAUUACGAAAUAAAAAAAGUUUUGUUAAUCAUAUUUAUUACAACAAUGAGUCAUGUAUAAAUGUUUGACAUGUUUAAAUAAAUUUAUCAACUGUUUUAA